GUCUUCUCCUCGCAGCAGGAUCUCCCCCCCCCCCUUCCUCCCCCUAAGGUGAGACCCAUCCGACCUUGCACGGAGGGGAGAAUUUUGUUAGCCAAAUGGGGAAGGGUCUCCGCUCUGGCCAGAGAUGCCCACCACCGAUUGCUCGCUUGCUCCCUUGACGAACGGGGUUGGGGGAGGAAGACAUACGGUUGCUGGGGAAAGAGAGGAAGGCGAUCUGGCAAAAAUUGUGAGUGUUGUGGUUUUGUGUCUCACUCCCACUCCAGGAGGGGAAUUCGUGGCAAUUGUACUCUUUUUUUUUGUGGUGGAGAGUUGAAGAAGAGAAGUCAAAACAGAUGGAGAAGAGGGAAUUACGAGUUACGGGCUAAACCAGGGGUGUCCGAACUUGGCAACUUGUGGACCUUCCAACUGUUGAAGUCCAAACUGGUGGACUUCAACUCCCAGAUAUGCUGGCUGGGGAAUUCUGGGAGUUGAAGUCCAGAAGUCUUAAAAGUGGUCGAGGUUUUAACCCGCUGAGCCUAAGCUUUCUCUCGUUUCUGUGGUCAAAUGUCCUUGCUAUCCUCCUGCUGUCUCCUUCUGUCCAGCCUCAAAGGGGUGGACAAUUGAGGAGAAGAGUUGGGGGCAGAGAUGGGACUUUGCUGACCUUUAAUAAAGCGAUGCCCCCUCCCCUUAUAGGGCCAGGAGUCAUCCCAGAGCCACGGGGUCCUUAUGGAGUAUUUAGCUGAGACUGAGGAGGGAGAAUGCUCCCCCAAUUCCAGCACCAUGGAUGCCCGGCCGCUCUUCCAAACUCUGCUCACGCUGGCCGAGGAUAACGUGGCUUUCUUCCAGAACGUCCCCACCGAAACCGGGCAACGUUUCCUGGCUGCCUUCACCACCAUCCGAGAACACGCCCGGUCCCUCGAGCCGAUGCUCAACCACUUCUCCACCAUCUACCAUAUCUUCGACCUGGACGAGCACACGCCGGCCAACGGCUACCGCAGCCUGGCCCAGACGGUGCGCUGCUGCGUGGCUCACAUCAUCCACAAGAGCCGUUACGUGGCCGCCAACCGCCGCAGCAUCUUCUUCCGAACCAACCACAAUUGCUCUGAGCUGGAAGCGUAUUGCGUGGCCUUGACUCAACUCCGAGCCUUGGUUUACCUAGCCCAGCAUCUGCUGACCCAGAACCGCCCCGGGUACCUCUUCAACCACGAGGAUCGAGGCCUCUCGGAGCAGUUUCUCCGGGAAUACGUCACGAUGCAGAAGGGGUGUUUUUACGGACGCUGCAUGGGCUUUCAGUUUGCUCCUUCGAUCCGGCCCUUCCUGCAGACCAUCGCUAUCGGCCUGGUCUCCUUUGGGGAGAAUUACAAACGUAACACUUCCAGCAUCGGAGUGGCCGCUGGCUCUCUCUUCAUGAGUGGGAAAUUUGCCAUUGACCCUGAACUUCGAGGAUCGGAGUUUGAGCGCAUUACUCAGAACUUGGAUGUACAUUUCUGGAAGAAAUUUUGGAACCUCACCGAGACGGAGUUGCUGGCGUCGCUGGCUAGUAUGGCUUCCUCACAGGUCCGGCUGUCCCGAGCCCUACUGGUCCCACCCCAUUCCUUCGAGCUGCCUCUGGCUUCUAACCCCAAACUGACUGUCACCAUCACACCUCCGGUGGCCCACACUGGGCCAGGAGCCGUCCAGAUGAGGCUCAUCUCCCACGAGUUGCGUGAAGGACAGGAUAGUGAGGAAUUGCUCAAAUUGAUGCGGCCGGAAGGAACGCUGGCCCUGGAGCUGCCCUGGAAAUCCAAGACCCUUCCUCCAUCCCCCUACCUCUUGGUGCAUUUCCACGGAGGGGGUUUCGUAGCCCAGACUUCCAAGUCGCACGAGCCUUACCUGAAAUCGUGGGCUCAGGAGUUGGGGGCCCCUAUUCUUUCAAUCGACUACUCGCUCGCGCCCGAGGCUCCGUUCCCACGAGCGUUAGAAGAAUGCUUCUUUGCCUACUGCUGGGCCAUUAAAAACUGCCACCUCUUGGGUUCCACAGCACAAACGGUGUGCCUUGCCGGGGACAGCGCCGGCGGCAAUCUCUGCAUCACCGUCUCCAUGCGCGCAGCUGCUUUUGGGAUCAAGUUGCCGGAUGGGAUCAUGGCGGCCUACCCCGUCACCCUCUUGGAGAUCGCCGCCUCGCCCUCGCGCCUUCUCACGCUGCUGGACCCGCUCCUGCCUCUCAGUGUCUUGUGCAAAUGCCUCAGUGCCUACGCAGGAAUGGAGUCCGAACAGCCUGAUGACUUGAGCUUGGAGAAGCUGGACCCCAUGAAUAUGAUGCGCCGUAACACGGCCCUCCUUUUCCGAGACUUGCGCCUGGGUGCGUCCGCCUUGGUUGGCUCUUUGAUGGACAAGACAGGCAAGCACAAUAGGGCGGGUGCAGGAAAUGAAGCCUUGAGGAAAAGUGCCUCCGAGACGAGCCUGAAGUCUAAGCCGUUUGCCAGCCACAAAGAGUCCCGGAAGAAGAGCCAGACGUGUCAAAAUUUCUUGGGGUCCUCCGAUGUCCAGCGAGACUCAUGCGCUACCACUCCAGACCCCGAAGAUCAGCCCACCUUCUUCUUCUCCGACCAGGACAAAGAGGCCUUCCCCUCCAGCGAUCCCCAGGGUCUGAUGUUUCCCGACGGCUUCCAGCCGCUACGCACCGGUCAGGCCGCCGCCAGCCUGCCUCUGGAGCUGUCGCCAAUCGUCAAGAACCCCUUCAUGUCGCCGCUGUUGGCCCCGGAUGAAAUGUUGAAGGGACUCCCUCCGGUUCAUAUCGUGGCGUGUGCUCUGGAUCCCAUGUUGGACGACUCCGUGAUGUUUGCCCAGAGAUUGCGGGCCCUUGGCCGUCCGGUCACCCUGCGAGUGGUGCAAGAUUUGCCUCACGGCUUUCUCAGCCUGUCCCAGUUGUGCCGCGAGACCCGCCAGGCCUCGGCCGUCUGCACCGAGAUCAUCCGGAGCAUUCUGGUCCCUUCCGACGCUGCUCCUCCACCGCCCCCGGCCGCUCUUCCGAAACAUCGCAAACUGGAGCGAACUUCUCCAGCCGUGGCUGUGAACACGGACCCCGCUUCCAUCCAGGAGAACGGAGUCCUCCCUCAGCACAAACCGUCGCACAUUCCAACGGCCGAGAGCUGGACCGCUGGGCCCAACGAGGAGGCUCAACCCACCAGCAAAACUCCGGAACCCCAAACUGGGGACCGUUCCUUGGACCAGCCGAACAAAGCCAAGAACACCAGCAGCCCUCCGACAGCCGCUAUCAUUCCCGGCCAGGAUUCUGGCCCUUCAAGUGGCACCUCGGGCAGAGGGGUGGGGGCCUGAGCCCCCGUCCUAAUCCCACCCACCCACCCCGCCAGACCUUGUGUCUCGACAUGGCGUGUGAUUUUGCAGUGGUGCUCUGUUUUUGUUUUUUUUUUCCCUUUCGCACUUUGGAUGGAAUUCCUCCGAAAACCUCUCUCGCGGGGGAAUCGAUCUUGCUGCCUGACUCCACAGCUCGCCCGACGUGAGGCUGCCAUUUGUCCCGACGUCUCCCCGUUCAUCUCCCGGAAGGAUGCUUUUAUACCCGUUAGGAUUUUUUUUAAAAAGGCAAAAAAAAAAAAAAAAA